AUGCCAUCCAACGAAUCUCUAGCCCCCUCUUCUCAGCUUUUCAAAAUCCCACUUGAAGGUGCAUUGACGGACACCGUCAGCGCAAUGAUUGAGAAAGAGAUGGAAGCCGACACCACUCCUUUGCGGGAUUUGGGAAGAUUUACAACAACCAAAUUCGAUGAUGCUACUACAGAGCUCGUCAGUAAAGCCAAUAUCCGGAACCAGGCUUGUGUUGAGGAGUAUCCAUCCAUCGCACGCUUUCAGCAGAAAUGCGUUUCUAUCCUUGCAAGCCUCUGGAAUGCACCCCAAACGGGAUAUUUCGGGAUCGCAACAACGGGUUCAUCAGAGGCUGUUUUACUUGGAGGUCUGACGAUGAAGCGCCAAUGGCAGAUGAAAAGCCCAAACAACCCCAAUCCUCGGCCAAAUGUGAUCAUUGGUGCAAACGCACAUAUUUGUGUCAACAAAUUCGCAGAUUACUUUGAUGUGGAGGCGCGGAUAGUACCGGUCAGCGAGGGCACCGGCUUCACAGUUGAUGCCAAGGCCGUUCGGCAGAAAUUAGACGACAAUACAGUUGGUGUAUUUUUGACAUUAGGUACAACUUAUACUGGCCACUACGAUCCCAUUCAAUCUGUCUCAGACAUGUUGGACGACUAUGAGCGGCAAACUGGAAAUAGCAUCCCGAUUCACGUGGAUGCUGCGAGCGGUGGGUUUGUUGCACCGUUCUCAUCGAACAACAACUCCUUCAUCUGGGAUUUCCGUCUUCCACGUGUGCAAUCUAUCAACAGCUCCGGACACAAAUAUGGCCAAGCUCCAAUGGCCGUGGGUUGGAUGAUCUGGCGUGAGAAGGAGAGAAUCCCCCAAGAUCUUCUGUUGGAAUCUUCCUAUCUACGCGGCUCGCACACCAACUUCUCUCUCAGCUUCUCACGUUCCGGCGGCCCUGUGGCCGGUCAAUACUAUAACUUCCAUAGCCUGGGAAUGAGAGGAUAUCGAGAGGCGGCUCAAAGAACGAGAGAAAGAGCCCAGUGGCUGAGUACCCGGCUUCAUGACACCGGAUACUUCGCGUGCCUCAGCGAUCACAGCCUACUAAUCGCAUCACUGGGACCAAAGGACAGAUCUCCUUUAUGUCACGACAAGGGAUGCACUGAUGCUCUCGCAAUCCCAAUCGUGGUUUUUACCUUUUCUAAUCGGUUUCGCGAGCUCUACCCGCAGGUGCGCCUGCCGGCUGUGAGUGAUGCCAUGCAUGGCUUGAAACUAUCCAUUCCAAGCUACACACUGGGUGGCUGGGGAGCCCAGGGGCAAAAUAUUGAUGUCAUGAGAGUUGUAGUGCGAGAUGAGAUCACGACUGAACUAUUGGAGGUGGUGUUCAGUGGUCUCAGGGAUGCAGUGGAGAACCUCAUU